UAAAAGUUUUGUUUAAUGUUAUAAAGAAAGCAAGAAAAACAAACAAGUAAAGCAUAUAAGCUCCAAACCAACUCAUUCUAAAAUCUUUCCAUUUCCCCUGCCUUUCAAGACUUGUCCUCCAUCAUCAUCAUCUUCUCCUAAUCAAAAUCUCUCAUCUUUAUCAAUGGCAGAAGCUACCAUCAACGACAACAACCCAACAAAGUUUUACACCCAUUUCUUGUACAAAGCCAUUUUCAUAUCUUUUUUCUUCUUGCUUCUUCCAUUAUCCCCUUCCCAACCCCAUGAGUUCAUAAACCACAAAACAAUAACUACCACAUGUUGGGAGUUUCUUCAACUCGUGUUUGUCGGAAUAGCGGUCUCUUACGGCCUUUUAAGCAAACGAAACGAUGAAACCCACAAAGAAGAGGGACCGUUUAAGUCUGAUAACAACGAUCAGUCAUAUGUGGCCAGGCUGCUUCAAGUAUCAUCAGUUUUUGAUGAUGAUUCUGAAAACAAGGUGCAGACGUGGAAAGCUCAGUAUUAUAGAGGGGAACCCAUUGUAGUUGUCGCUAAGGAAUCCGAUGAAGCAACAACAAUCGAAAAACCUCUGUUUUCCCCUGUUGGCAGUUUUAAAAACAGUGUUUCUGAAUCUUCCAUGAUCGAUUCUAUUGUUUUGCGGUCACCGAUCCCAUGGAGAUCAAGAUCAGGAAGAGUGGAAGUCAAAGAAGAUCUUUCUCAAACAUCUUACGUGCAUGAUACGUCUGAAAUGAACCCCACGGACUCAUCUUUUCGAUAUCAAUCGAAAUCUUUAAAACACGUUUUGAAUCCUUCAUGUCAAAAGAAAAUUCAUCCUUCGUCUCCGACAUUAUCCUCAGAAAUCCGAUUAAAAUCGCUAGAAUACGUUAGCCGGAGAAACAUUAUCCAGAAGUCAUCUAGAAGUGAUACUUUAGAAGCAACAAAAUCAUUCAGAACACGAGAAGAAGCCGAAAUGGACGAAUAUUUAUCACAUGACAAAGAAAUAGGAAGGUUUGUGGAAAGAAGAGGGAGCCAGAUUAAGAGGUUUAUGGAUGACGAAACACAAACUUUUUCUGGGUACUCAAAAGAAAAGUUGAUAGAAACGGGUCAAAAUUCAGACGAAAGCGAGGUUGAGGAGGAAGAAGAUGAUGAAGCUAGUUUAAUAGAGAAUGUGGAAAUGGUGGCGAGUGAUAGCUGUCCGGAUGUAGAUAAGAAAGCUGAUGAGUUCAUAGCAAAAUUUAGAGAGCAGAUUAAGCUACAAAGAACAUUGUCUUUGAGAAGAUGAACCUGAAAAUGGAACCAGGUUUCUUUCUUUGUAUCAUAAUCACUUUGUAUACUUAAGAGGGUUAUUUUCGUCUUUUUGAUUGGUGGAUCUAACUCUUCUACAUGUAUCAUCAAUUUAUCAUUGCCUCAUUUCACUUUGAUUAUUGCUAUUUUGUUUUAGUUAUGAUAUUAUGUGAUUUGUGUUCAUGCAAGUUGUGACAAACAUUAUAUU